CUGUCCCCGGAAGUGACGCUUAAGGCCCUCCCCUGAGGAAGUGACAACAGGAGUGCCCUUGACCGGUGGGGAGGGCCGCGCAGUGCAUGCCUCCGCUCUCGCUGCAGGGAGAUGGCUCAGCGGCUUCUCCUGAGGAGGUUCCUGGCCUCCGUAAUCUGCAGGAAGCCCUCUCAGAGUCGGUGGGCGCCCCGUGCCUCCAGGGCCCUGCAGACCCCACAGCGCAGUCCCAAUAACCUGACAGUAACACCCAGCCAAGCCCGGUCAAUAUACACCACCAGAGUCUGUACAACGACCUUUAACAUCCAGGAUGGACCAGACUUUCAAGACCGAGUUGUCAACAGUGAGACACCGGUGGUUGUGGAUUUCCAUGCACAGUGGUGUGGUCCCUGCAAGAUCCUGGGGCCAAGGUUAGAGAAGGUGGUGGCCAAGCAGCAUGGAAAGGUGGUGAUGGCCAAGGUGGAUAUUGAUGACCACACAGACCUCGCCAUAGAGUAUGAGGUGUCAGCUGUGCCCACCGUGCUGGCCAUCAAGAAUGGAGACGUGGUGGACAAGUUUGUGGGCAUCAAGGAUGAGGACCAGCUGGAGGCCUUCCUGAAGAAGCUGAUUGGCUGACAAGCAGGGAAGCGUCCUGACUGCCCCUGCCCGCCUGGGCCCCCUGUUCCCGUGGGGACCCCGAUAGCACUCACAGCCCUUCUGUGCCAGCCCUUCCUGCCUCCUCCCUCUCUGGCCCCUCUGGGCCCGUGCUU